AUGAAGGAGAGAGGAGUGGUGGUUAGAGGCAAGAGGCUUUUGAACCAAGAGGAAGCAGAUGAAGAAAACGAGCUUGAUGAUAUGAGAAGAAGGAGACUGAGGACGCCGUCUCCAGUAAGGGACGAUGUAGCAGACUUGCGAAGCAAGAUCAUCGAUAUGAAGCAAACGUUUGGCGGGAUCCAUGAUGAUCCUCGUGCGGUUAUCCCAGACGCAGUUAAAUCAUUGAUGACCAGCAAUCAAUACGUGGAUAUGCAGAUUCUCUCCCAAAACGCUCCUCGUCGUGAAGAGCUUAGCAAUGUGGAAACCGCAAACAAUGUAAUUCAAUCUUUGGCUCCAAGAUUUCUAGAAAGUAUUGCGAUUUCAACUGAAGGAUUGUAUAUUCUUAUAACGCAAGUCGAAGUGUACCUCCGGGACAUUUCAAGUGUAGAUGACUGUGCUUACAGCACUAUCACCCUUGGAUAUCCCGCGAAUCCUUUCUUCAUUAUCGAGCAAAAGAGAGAAUUCAGAAAUCAAUGGACUGAAGCGAAGAUUUAUUUCGGCCAGCUUGAGUUUUUAGUCACAGGAUGUGUCCAUGGAAGCUUCAACAGUUCAGAUACACAAGCAGUUUUAGGAGCAUCUCUUGGACGAAACAUACCAACAAACAGCUACUGGAGAGUGUACUUGGCAUCAGACACCGAAGCUCACAUCCGAGAUGUCAGGCUGCUUCGUGAUUUCACCAAGAAAGCAAGUGGCUACAAAUGGCACUACAAAUCAAAGAGAUUUCAUGAUGAAGGAUUCUCGAGUGCCUCUGCCUUGAACCUUCCCCUCGACGACAUCAUGACUGCUGCUGGUUCGCUAUUGCUGCGAAUGAAGGUGAACAAGGAUGAUAAGAAAGAAGAACUGGCAGCAUUAUUGGCAAAUUCAAAGCUGUUAGAACAAAUCAAUUUCAAAAACCCGUGCGCAAAUGGGAACAAAACGGCUUUGAUAGAGUUACACCUUAGCAAAGGAAAAAGGCUGGUUGUCAACAUUGCGAUGAUGGUCCUUCGCGACCUUGAAGUGGAUAAAUCAUUGUACCUGGAGAUGUACAAAACUGUGCUUGCUCCAAGGAUGAAAGCUAUGAAUAAUCAAGUAAUCAAAAACAAGAAAUUUGUGUUUUGA